AAUAACGGCCGCAACAAGAACGGCCGCGGCCACGUCACCUUCGUCCGCUGCUCCAACUGCUCACGAUGCGUGCCCAAGGACAAGGCCAUCAAGCGCUUCACCGUCCGCAACAUGGUGGAGUCGGCUGCCGUCCGUGAUAUCAGCGAGGCGAGCGUGUACCAGGAAUACGUUAUCCCCAAGCUCUACAUCAAAAUCGCGUACUGCGUGUCGUGCGCUAUCCACUCGCACGUUGUCCGUGUCCGUUCGACCGAGGGCCGUCGCAACCGUGCACCCCCUCCUCGUGUCCGGUGGAAGGAUGGCAAGAAGGUCAACCCUGCUGUCGCUGCGGCCGAGGAGGCCAAGGCUGCGCUCGCGGCGAAGACUGCAUAG